CCUGUUCAUCUUCUCGAUUGCCAUCGUCUCCGUAUAAGGAUCGAACAAGGAAGACCGUUGAAGCCUUGUGCGCGGUGCAUGCUCUCCGUCGCGGUUCGCUGGCCGUGCCCAUCGCGAAGCCCGCGCACUCAGAUUCCUCCCUCCAUCUCCACCUCCACCACGCCCUCCCGUUCCGCCUCCCCUGCCCCUAUUUAUACCCCCUUCUUCCCCCGCCACACCGCUCGCUUUCCCGGCCUCCUCUUGUGCAGCCCCCGCCGCCCCAUCGGCCCCGCUUCUUCUCGCCCUCGAGCAUUUCCAGAUAUGGAUGAUACAGAUAAGAGGGAUUCCGAGAAGAAGCUUCACACACGGUUGAGGUUAUGGCAAUUCCCAGACAAGUAUAUCCUUGAGCCCAUUGAUGGUUUUGCUGAUUCAUAUUUAUCAAUCAGUCGUGCUGAUGGAUCAAUCAACUUAAUAGGUGAGCUUCCGGAAUGCAGCACUACACAAUCUCCAAACAUUCGUACCAUUUUUGGUGUGAUUGGAAUUCUUAAGCUUUUAUUAGGAGCAUAUCUGUUGGUUAUAACAGAGCGUGAAUGUGUUGGAUCUUACUUAGGGCAUCCUAUUUACAAGGUCUCAGGCAUGCAAAUUCUCCCAUGCAAUCAUUCUCUCAAGAGUUCCUCAGCUGAGCAGAAAAAGAUGGAAGCUCAGUUCUCUGAACUUCUAAAUGCUGCAGAAGGGAUUUCUGGUCUGUACUUCUCCUAUGAUGUUAAUUUAACACUCUGCUUACAGAGGUUACAUGAGCUAGGAAAUGAGUCAAAGCUGCUUCCUCUUUGGAGACAGGCAGAACCUAGAUUUCUUUGGAAUAGCUACAUGUUGGAAGCACUCAUUGAUAACAAACUGGAUUCAUACAUUCUACCUAUCAUUCAAGGAUGUUACCAAAAUUUUCAAGCAGCUAUUGGUCCAAAAGUUGUUAAUGUUACUUUAAUUGCGCGUAGAUGCACGAGGAGAACAGGUACUCGGAUGUGGAGAAGAGGAGCUGAUACUGAGGGAUACGUUGCAAAUUUUGUUGAAAGUGAACAGAUAUUGCAAUCAAAUGGUUUUACAGCAUCCUUUGUUCAAGUUCGUGGGUCUAUGCCAUUUCUGUGGGAGCAGAUUGUUGACUUGACAUAUAAACCUAACUUUGAGAUUGUUAGGCCUGAGGAGGCGUCUCGUGUAGCCGAACGUCAUUUCUUGGAUCUGAGUAAAAAAUAUGGUUCAGUCUUAGCUGUUGACCUUGUCAAUAAGCAUGGAAGUGAGGGACGUCUGAGUGAAAGAUUUGCAAAAGCAAUGCAGACCAUUCAAAAUGAUGAUAUUAGGUACGUACAUUUUGACUUCCAUCAAAUCUGUGGCCAUAUACAUUUUGAGCGCCUCUCUCUCCUUUAUAAUCAAAUCGAGGACUACCUGAAUAAGCAUGGAUACUUUCUGUUGAAUGAGAAAGGCGAGAAAGUUGCAGGUCAGACAGGAGUUGUGAGAACAAAUUGUAUUGACUGCUUAGAUCGAACAAAUGUUACACAGAGCAUGAUUGGGAGAAAGAUGCUGGAAAGCCAACUUAAGCGAAUUGGAUUUUUUGGUUCUGAUGUCCUAAUUACUGCAUAUCCAUUUUUUGAUGCAAACUUCAAAAUUUUGUGGGCUAAUCAUGGAGAUGAAAUUAGCAUACAGUAUUCUGGAACUCCAGCACUGAAAGGAGAUUUUGUUAGGCAUGGAAAACGAACAGUGCAGGGAAUUCUGAAAGAUGGAUGGAAUGCUCUAGCCCGUUAUUACUUGAACAACUUCAUUGAUGGAACAAAACAGGAUGCAAUUGAUUUGCUACAAGGGCAUUAUAUUGUCUCUCUUAGUCGAGAUAUGAGUUCUCCAGCUAAAGCUGGAGCCUUGGAGACAUAUGCGUCUUUUCGACUGGCAUUAACAAUGGUCUUGAGUGGGCUUAUGUUUGCAUUGAUGUCUCUUAGACAAGCUCCAAACGAUGGACGCCACUUAUUACUAGCGCUUGUUUGGGCGGGCCUGAGUCUGGGCAUAGCAGUGUUGGUGCGAGCCAAGGGUCGGUUGUUCACCAACAGGCCUCGUCUUUUCAGAUAAAGGCAUUGAUAGGGAUUAUUUCUGGGCGAGACUCGACUUAUUUCAUUGUACCACAGUGUUUCAUUCUUAUGGAUCGAACAGCGAUUAUUAUCCUCCUUUCCAUCGAGUGGGAUUUUAUUUGGUUUGCUUGAAAUCUUGAAACACUGAUGUAAGUGCCAACCCUGUGUUUGCCUUUGCGAAUUUUGCAUGACAAUAAAAUCAUCAUCCGUGUUGUGUUUUGCA